UGCAGGGAAGGAUUGACAGGAUUUAUUCUUCUUCUUAGCUGUACAAUGCAAGGGCUCCAUCAAUGGUGAUGUUUAUGCCCUUGGGACCAUGUACGGUGUACUGCAUGUGUGAAGUCAUUGAAAAUUAAGUAGAUCAUGCAGACAGUUAACUUAAUCAUCACGAAAGUGAAUAUUACAUAAGAACUCGUUCGUGUCCUGUCUCUAGAAAACAGUACAAGUACACUGUCGGCUCACAGUCGCAAUGAAGUCACUCUUUCGAAUGACAUCCACAUUUGUUGGGGAAAAUAUGGAUUUGUUUCCAACGGAGGCCGUAGCAGAUUUGCCAGGACCAGUUUUGGAGAGUAUCCUCCCUUACAUGAGUGCUUACUGGCUUCACUCCAUCCACCAAAGUCUUUCAUAUGCAGGUGUGAAAUGUGAUUGGUUGUGGACCAUGCACAUCCGGCGACGGUGGGGCCUUGGAGUACAGUCCAUGAUGAAUGUGUUCCAGGAGACGAUUGACAAGGAUCCACGGAAAGUCUACCUGAUGAAACAUUUCCAUGAUCUACUCAACUUCUGUACCCUCAGUGUCAACACAAGAGAUCCGCACAGCUUAUUCCACUGCCCAAUCCACAGACUAGUCCGCAGGGAGACGUUGGAUCCUCGGCCAGCAUUACCCGUUCCCCGCGCGUCAUCAUCGUCAUCUUCUCAAAUUUCUUUUUUCAUCUCAAAUCAUCAUGAUGGAGGGACAGUAGGACCUAUGUCUUUCCACUUGGACCAGCUGCUGAAUUUUUCUGCUUAUGCACAGACGCUGCGUGUUCUUGGUUCUCAGUGUGGUUGGAUUGCUAGUUGUACUCCACUUCUUGAGAAACUGCUCCAAGUCACAGAAAGGCUCCAGCUCGUUACGCUCACAGACACAUACUACACUGGCAUACGUGCCUUGGUGGUAUCUCUAAUGAAACGGGGAACAUUAACCAAGGUGGUGUUGUCUACGGUCAAGUUGUCGGAGCCCUGUUUGUUAGACCUGAUGUUCGUGUGCUCAGGGAGACUCCAUCAUACUGCUGCUAAUUUAUCAUGUAAAAAAAACCUUAUUUGUCAGAAUUGUGCUAAAAACAUUCCUAAUGACAGAAAGAAUACCCAGUCUUCCGUGGCAAACCAGAAUGAGGACAGUGUUAAAUUAAAUGACGAUUCAGCAGUAUUAGAUGAAUCUGAAGCGUCACAAAGAACAGAUGGUGGUUCGCAGCCUGUGGCGUCCACUAGUUCAGGCAUUUUCUCUAGUCAGCUUGAGGAUAGGACGAUGUGUUCGAGGUCCAUUGAACCCCUGCUGUGGGAAGUAGGAUUUGACAGUGAUGGCAGUGAGUCCUCAAAUUUUGACAUUCCAGAUGGUCCUGAAAGUUUGCUGGAGCCACAGAUACUAGACCUUUAUGAUGAGGCAAUCACGCCUCUCCCUAGACCAGCAGAUACCCUGGAAAACCUUGUUCUCACUAAUGCGACAACCAUCAAACCUGGUGAUGGUAGUACGCAUAUUCCUCUGCCAGCCUCGCGAUGUGUUCAGUGUAAUUCGUGUAUGAAUAGGGCAGAUUCUGUCCCAGGAACAGAUGAAGCAUUAACCAGUACUGCAGCAAUGCAGGGUAAAUUAGGUGCCGAAGAAAUUGUGAUGAAAAACGACAGAACAAAUUCUACAGACAACCAGACAAAGCCCAGUUGUCAUGGUAACCAAAUGCUAAAACCUGACUGUGAUGAUGACAUGAAGCAUACAAAUGAGCUGUCUACGGCUGACAUAGUAACCGGACUGGAGUCGUUUGCGCUCUUGAGUACCGCCAACAGGUACGACAUCAGUUCAAUUCUAGUUCGAGUCUUGCCAGGCUGGACAUCUUUAAAGAAGUUUGGGGUCUUUGAUGUUGAUAUGAAGUCGGAGGAGUUGACUCUACAGCUACUACAGAAGGUCCAAACUCACCAGCUAUCUCACCUGGUACUUGAUGACAUCAGUGUUCACCCAUCCUUCUUUCAGAAGUUUCUCCACACUCUUCAUACAGACUUCAAAUAUGGAGAAAAUAGUCAAACACUUGAAUUGUUAGAUUUCCAAGCCUGUACCAAACCUAUAGAAAUCAGCCUACCAUUGUCUCCGGGUGUGUUACUGCAGGGUGUGAGGAAAUUAGACCUGAGUAUGAACACGCUGUCCGAGUCCGGGUUUGCAGCUCUGCUGAAUCUUGUCAAGAAUGAUCUGGCACUGGUCCAUUUAAAACUCAAUGGGUGCUUUCUUCAGGAGGAACAAGUUCUUCAACUCUUGGAGGUUCUUGCAGAGAAUACUCGACUGGAGGUGGUGAGUCUCAGUGGUAACCGGGUGGUAGAGGAGUCGGUGGAGCAGGCCCUGGUACUGUUCAUAGAAAAAUGUGUCUCCCUCAAAACACUCGUACUCAACUACAGCAGGCUCCGCAGCACCUUUGUGAGUAGUGAAGCGUUCAUACAGGCAGUGAGAGGCCAUCCAAGUCUACAGGAGCUGUCAAUCAAAAACAACCAUCUAGAGUCUGGAGCACUAAACUUCCUGAUAGCCAUUACCUGCUCUCCUCAACGACCAGCUCUCCGCUCACUAAACAUCGGGUACAACUGGAUCAAAGGCCAAGAUUUAAUAGAAGCUGCCCAGCGAAUACGCUCGUAUCAGAGACGGCACUUCCCGGCUAACAGCGUCGUCCUGGACUUUCUGUCCCUCAGUGGUAACCGUCUCCUCCACAGCUUCCAGCAGCAGCUCCGACAUGAGUACAGGGGUUUGGUGAAGGAUCUGGAGGCCAAUAGCAUCGACUUCUCACGACCUUAUGCAGAACAUGUGGGUCAGAUGUGAAAGGUCAGAGGUCCAUAACUUGUAAAACCCGUCGGGCCUGACUAGUGCAAAAAAUUUCGUUGUGGAGAAACUCUGUAACAAUGCAAAGCCUCCAUAGUGAUGCAUUACAUCCUUGUCUGUAAGUAAUACUGUAUACCGGGAAACUGUCGCCGCAGUUUAACUUUCGCCCGUUUCGCCUUCCGAUCUGAGGGCGAAUUUAACAUGACGGCGAAAGUUUAAAAAGAAAUCAUGUAUACGACGUCACAUGUUUUGUCACUAUUUCGUCUACACUGAGGCUUAAUUAUUCAGAUACCGUAUGUGAUGCAAUAGGGGGUCCAGUGUGUUCCACUGUUGGCGAUGUAGGGCGAAUUUAACACUGGGCGAAUAAGGACCAACGCUGUGACAUUUCCCGGUAUACAGUACUAGUAGCUGUGAUUAUGAUAUCCGCUAAAUAACUACUUCCUAGACCUACUAGCGUUCAUUUAGAAGGGUUUGUUCUCUCUAUUUUUUUGCAGAAAAAGCAAUUUGUGUAGUGGUGCGAUUUGCAAUAUGACUGCAAAUUGAAAGGUCUUCAUAAUACUUUGCAUGGCUCACUUUGUUUUGUCCGUCUUAUUAAAACACCAAAUAGUUAAAUUUUAAGUGUAAGGAUUCUUUAGUUUGAUACUCAGAAAGUCGUUGAUGGACUGUCCUGUAUGGCCAAACAGAGUCGGGUGUGUAAUAGUGAAGUCAUGUGAUCUGAUUUAAUGUCAUGGUAUUAUUUAUAGUGUUCAAUUUAUAUUUAGGAUCCCGGAAAGGAGACAGCAUUGUAUGUGUGUGGACAUUUUGUAUUCUUGUAUAUGUGUUCAACCUGGAUUGUGUUGCCUACCUUUUAAGUCAUCAUGCUAAAUCUUUGCAUUUAUAUAUAUCACAUGAAAUGUCAAAUAUUUGAAAUAUUAUUUAUUUCACUAUAAAAAUGUACUUAUUUGUAUAUUAUGCGAAAAUAGUACAAGUACUUCUGUGCAAAACAUUUGGUUAAAAUAACAAUGAAAAUGUCGUUUGAACCUAGCUGCAGAUACGAUAUGUAGUUUAUUUGCCUGUGUAGGUAUUUAUUUUCGACUGAAUCCCACUGAUCCAAGAGUUUCUGAUGUCAGAGAGACUGCAGCUAUGGGAGUUGGAAGUUGCAAGACUAAUGAGCUGUAUAGGUACUGGCCAAUAAUAACGACAUCCACAGCUAAUUAAUAACUAUCAUCAGGUGUUUACAAAUCCGAGUCGUAUUUUCUGGUAAUAUUUGAUUUUAAAGAAUCACAUGACUUAACUGUUAGGAUAAGAUUUGGUAGUAGUUUUAGUUAUAACCAAAACCUAAAAUGUCCAUCAUAGCCGCAGAAUGAUAAAAACAUCAUAUAUCUAUGUGAAACAUAUCCCCUGAUUAACCUCUAAAUAGGUGAAAGUACUAGGGAAGUACAAAAUGUACCAAGAAUCUUUUUUUGUCAUGUCUUUUAUAUGCAAAUAUAUAUAUCUCUGUUUUGCAUCAUUGAUGUACCAGAUGAUCAGAAAAGACUCAAUUUUUAUGCUCGCAAGUGUUUCUUUUAUUGGCAUCAAGUAGUUCAGCUGUUAGUUUUAUAUAUAUAUAUAUAUAUAAUAAA